AUGUUCAAUUUCAAAGUGAAACACAAGGAGAGAGAUGUGCAUUGUUAUGGUGUUAAAAAGCCUCCUAAAAUACCAACGAAACAUCAAAGGCGUCGAUCAGAACCCGGGGUGAUACCGUCAAUUGUGGGCUUCGCGAAAGACUCCGUUGCCCACGAAUCAGACCGACUGGCUCCAGGCGACAGGAUCUGCAGCGUCAAUGGUAUCUCCACGGCGAGGCUCACCAACGAGGAGGUGCUCAGACUUCUGGACAAUGUGGAGGAACGGGCGUCGCUGGAGGUCGAGUAUUACAUGCCUAAUUAUGCAUCCCAAAAUUCCCUCUACAUCACAACGAAGUUAGCAGAAGUGCCUGUUGAGAAAAUUGGUGGUUCCCUCGGUGUUACAAUCCGGGGUGGUCUCCCAGAAAAUUCCGCUCCGAGCGCCGACUUGGUACUCAACAGCCGGUCCUUGGAUGUCCAGCCCUUGGUGAUCACUCACGUGAGACCUGGAGGAGCAGCAUAUAACACCUCCAGGAUAAAACCUGGGGACAGAUUGUUGAAGGUCGAUCAUAUAUCCCUGACAAACAAAACGCUCUCGGAGGUCCAUCAAAUCCUCCAAAACUGCCCGCAAGUGACGAGCCUGACCAUCGAGUAUGACGUAUCGAUUAUGGAAUCCGUGAAGCUAGCCAGCGGUCCGUUACUUAUCGAGAUCGAGAGGCCGUGUAACGAGGAUUUGGGACUGUUCUUGAGCAAUCAGCGGUACUCCGACGACGUUUACAGCUCCGGGUCGGACACGUACCAAAGGGUCGGGGCGUGCAACGCCAUUUACAUCGACAGUAUAUUGCCUGCUAGUAUUAGCGACAGAUGUGGAGCCCUUCACCCAGGUGACCAGCUUCUAGCCUUUGACGACCAUGUUAUAGAAGGAAACACCUACACCGCUGAGGAAGUUAUGUGCUACCUCGAGAAUUGUGAGCCUGGCUUCACGAGAUUGCAUGUAGCUCCACGGCAUAUCUUGGCGCAUGGGGGAAGAUUUCCUAGAGAAAAUUCAAUAUCCGGUACGUUGAAUCCUAAGAAACAAAGGCAGAGGUAUAGACAGAGUUCGAUGCCAAAAUUAGGUGUUCAGGAUGAUUACGACAAUCAGCAAAACUACAUGAGCAUGGGAGUAUGCAGAACCGACUCUCUGAAUAUCCAGUUGGAGGUCCCCCCGGGACAGAACAGCGGGUUAUUAGUGAACGAAGACAAUGCAAUUUUAGUUGUGUCUCAUGUAGCGCCACAAUCGCCCGCUUAUCGCUCCGGCUGCUUCCAAGUCCGCGAUAGAGUGAUGUCGAUCAACGGCCAUGAAAACCUCACCUUAGAGGUUGCGAACGAGAUACUUCAACGAAGAAACGACUCGCACAAUCCGAAAUACCUUACCAUGAAUGUGGAGUUCAGUAUGCCUAAUACUAUAGAAGCGUCAAGCGGAGUUUUCACUGUCAAACUGGCUAAGACUACCGCUGGUCUUGGCGUUACUAUUACGGGAUGCAAACAAAAACUUCUCAGCAAUGAAGAACCUAUGGUAAUAUCUGACAUCAAACCAGGAUCGGUAGCUCAUCGAAGUGGAGCUCUGUCACCAGGAGACCAGCUUCUUGCAAUAAACGGGCAGCCACUGCACAACUUAUCAUUGGACACAGCCUUCAACAUCCUACAAAACUCGCCGGAAGACAUAAUAACAUUAAAAAUUCGAAAACGCGAUUUGACUGAAGAUUGGUCGAACAUACACAAGCACAAUGCAAAAAUGACGCUACAAAGUUUCAGUAGUGUUGAGACGAAGGCCGUUAUACAUAGCGAAGAAGAUUCCGGACAUACAGACAGUCCGAACAAUAUUAAAGAUGGUAGACAUGAGACAGCUGUUUUCAUGGUGGAAAUAAUUAGGCAGGAUAACGGACCUCUCGGUUUGACGAUAGCUGGCAGUGAAGAUGUAACGCAGCCUAUUCUACUUAGUGGAUUGAUUGAAGGUGGUCUAGCAGAGAAAUGCGGUAAGCUGGCGAUCGGCGAUGAAUUACUGAGUAUAAACGGCGAGAGCGUGCUGAAUAAACCACUUUCAGAAGCGAUCAAACUGCUGCAACAAAGCGGACAGAGAAUACAGCUACAGAUGUGUAGGAAAGUCACUGGUAACCUAGACUGCGGCGAAUCCAGUGCGAGAGACUCGAGCCAUUCCACUUCUAGUCCAGGACUCUCCAACGAUAGCGCUGUUGAAUCCUGGGACCAAAACACACCUGUUAGAACUAGUGCUAAUUGUGGCAAUUCCGAAGUAAUAGAAUACGCUGUACCAGACAAGUCCCGAAUAAUAGAUAAGCAACCGUACUCACCGACAGACGAAGAUAAACUUAUGGCGUCCAAUUUCAACUCGUUCAUCCAAGAGUUGCCACUGCCGAAUUAUUCACUCAAUAAUUCCCUGAAGACGUUCCACUAUGAGAACACUUGCAUCAUACCCGAGGUGAUGAAGAACAAGCAGAACACCCGGGAAGAUGAUGUCCAGCAAAUCGAGAUACUGACUUCCAAUAUGAAGGACUGUCAGCUGCACAAUAUGGAGAGGUCGUCGUGCAAAUGUGACUAUGUGCAGAUGGGCCCGUACACCAUCGUGUCGCCGAAGAGCAGGCGGCCUAACUGGGACGAUUACAACAGUAUAUACACCGUCACGACUCCCCAAAAGUCGCCGAUGAAGCCGAACGUAGCUGGUUCUAGCUUCCAGUUCUCAAACAGUCCUAUAUAUGAGAACGAUGCGCCAGGCCUCUACAGCAGCGACAAUCUCUCACCAGCUCGCGGUUCCGUUCACCACGUGAUCCUUUACAAAGAUGCCAUCUAUGAUGACUACGGUUUUUCGGUUUCGGACGGCUUGUAUGAGAGGGGCGUGUACAUAAACAGGAUAAGGAAAGGUGGACCUGCAGAUAUCGUUGGACUUCUGCGACCCUAUGAUAGAAUAUUACAGGUCAAUGGAACAAGGACUGUGGACUACGACUGUUGUCUCACCGUACCCUUGAUAGCAUCAGCCGGGGAUCGACUUGAGAUUGUCGUCCAAAGGCUGGCUACAUCUAGGGACCUCAAAAACAUUCGUCUAGAAGACAACCCGAGCCCCACAGACAGUCCCAGCAGCAUUGUGACGAAGACUAUUUAG